UGCUUUGAUGAUGUGCGUUUUUCGUAGCGUUCAGUAAAUCAGUUUCCGAAGUAGCGGACCGUGGAUUUCUUGCACUAAAGGGUUACACAGGAAGCGUCUCCACCCCCAGCGCUGUCCAGACGUGACGUGCUGACGGGGGCAGGUGAUAUUUCACGGCUCUGAUGCGGAGCAUCUUCUCGAGAAGCGGAGACGAAGCGGGCGGGGUCCCCAGUUCUCGCACGCAGUGCCAUGGGCUCAACUGCACGGAUCGGACACUGCUGAGCGCACUCAAGACCAGCAAGCGCGAAAGGGGGGAGAGGUUUCGGUUUGGGGGCCAGAUUUUGUCGUAGAAUUUCAAUAUGGAUUGAACGUUUUGUGGUCUGGGGCGGAUUACUAUUCUACGGCAAGGUUUUGAAAAUACCAGACGGACAUAUUUCGCUCUGAAAAGGCCCACUAAGGAGAGGUUGUUGUUUUUUUUCCACUAGGAGAUUUCGGAUUUCAGUACUCACUGCCGGCAGAUUGGAUUCUUAGAUCAUAAGGUUUAUUCGUUUUUAUAAUCAUAGAAUACUUUUCGAUUUGCGGUAUUUCAUCGCGUUCACUAUGGCAUGGCCCUGUAUCACCAGGGCGUGCUGCAUCGCCCGCUUCUGGAAUCAGCUGGACAAAGCUGACAUUGCGGUGCCUUUGGUUUUCACCAAGUAUUCGGAUGUGACCGAGAUGCAGCACCUCCAUUUACAGCACCAACAAAAACAGCCGCAUCCCCAGGCGCGGGCUGAAUCGGUCGCCAUAGAAACGCAACCCUCCCUUAGCGACCAGGAGGCAGUUGCCAGGGCGACGCCCGCACCGGGAGCCCGAGCCGCCGCAGCCGCCGCUGAAGAAAGCCCGGGUGGGUCUGUGAUGCGCCAGGACUUCAAACCUUGGAAAGUUCGCCCGGAGCCCAGUUGCAAGCCCAAGAACGAGUAUCACCCGUCGGAGGCCCCUUUUAACAAUGAAACGCAGUACCAGAAGGAUUUCAAGGCAUGGCCUAUACCGAAAAGGGGUGACCAUCCCUGGAUACCGAAAUCGAGCCCCUCGCCCUCCAUAGCCGGCGACCGAGCUGUGGAGAAGGCGAAGCCCGCCCACGCACCUGCUGAUGCUGAAAGCGGGCAGGAAAAAAGCGAGAUAGCCGACAAGGUGCAAGAAAAGGAAAUACUGUCUGAAGAGAAGCAAAGUAAGAAGAAGGUGAAGACAGUCACCGUGCCAGAGGGCGCCGGAAAGAAAGUCGCUGCCAAAGCGGAAGGAGCCGUAGCCGAGGGCAGAGGGAGGGCGGCGGCGGACGCGCUGAACAGGCAGAUUAAAGAGGAGGUGGCAUCUGUGAGCUCCUACAGGAACGAGUUCAAAGCCUACGCGGACGUGAAGCCGGUGAAGCUUCAUAAGGCCAGGGCUCAGUAUCAGCCCCCAGACAAGAGGGCCAGUCUGGAGACCAGCUACAGCGCCACCUUCAGGGGUGAGCAAGGCAAGCGCGUGCCGGCGGACAACAAAGUCCUGGAGCGCAGGAGGAUACGCAGUCUGUACAGUGAGCCCAGCAAAGAAUCUCCCAAGGUGGAGAAGCCUAGCGUGCCACGUUCCAAACCAAAAAAGACCACAGCAAGCCAUAGCAAGCCCGUGAAAAAGGCCAAAGAGAAGCAGAUCAGCUCGGGCCGCAGCACCAAGAAGAAAGAGCAGGAGAACACCGCAGAGUCCAAGCCAGAGGAGGGGGACAAGGAGAAAAGUAAAGAGAUCAACAACAAACUGGCUGAGGCUAAAGAGUAAAAAUCAUUGCACUUUUACUUUUCUUUGGGGGGAGGGGAAAAAAGGCUGCAAAAAUUAGUUAGAGGGUUCUCACCUCCCUUGCCCUUUCUCUCUCCUUUCCGUUUCUGUGUUCUGAAAACCGAGUCAGUUCUGUUACAGUAAAUGCCAGGGUUUGCCAUUACAUGCUGCUUUGCCAUGGCCGGCUUACAUCAGAUGCCAUAAGUGAUGAAGCACUGAACUCCAUCCAUUCAUACCUGGUUCCAUUCUCCCGUUUCCAUGGCUACCCGCUGCCUUGUCAGCCAGUGGCUGCUUUGCUGUGAGACAGCCUCUGCAUGCAAGCCGCUGCAGCAGCAGAGAUGACUGGGGCGUGGCUCAUCAAAGACCCUGGACAGGAAACACAACCAACAGCUUCCUGUGAAAGGAAAAUAGGUACUCUAUAAAAAUGAAGAUCUGAGCAUUAAGAGGUUCACGUUCCAUUGACACCGAAAAGAGGCAAAGUGCUUGAGUGCUGCGUUAUUUGAGAUCUUACUGACCUGUGGCAAUGUAAUGUUAGCGCCCAUGGUCUCAGUCCCUGCCGCUUUCUCAUAUCCUAUAGACACCUGAAUGCCUCAACAGAGAAGACAAGGGCUGAUCAAAAACCCGAAGACCAUGACUUAACAAAAGCUGUUCAUUCUGGGACACUUUCCCUGGUGCUCCUGUCUUUCAGCCUGACGGGAUGCAUGCAUUUCUAUUAGACAGCUGCGUACAGAUGUAUUUCACAUUUACUGUUUCACAUCUUCCCUCACGAUAACAUUGGUUUUUACUGUGGCACCAAGACACGUGGAUUGGUAAAAGCACUUGCGUGAUGUUUUAGGAACAGGGAGCAACCUGUAUACUGUAUGUUUGCGAGCUGAGUGCUCCAUUACAUGCUGAUGAAACGCUAGUCAAGCUUCAGAAGAGAUGUAAUGGUCCUUCAAAGGCUUUGGCAUUGACGUUGAUGUCUUCCCCCAUAAGGGCAGGCCUCAUUGAUUUCUAGAACUCAAUUUCUAGAACAGUGUGUGCAAAAAGAUGUGUCUCCCUGUCCCAUAGCACUCACCCAAAGCACUUCAUCUCAGCUACAGUAGCUUUGCCCCUUUCCCUUCAAACAGAAUUAAAAAAACAUACAUGGCUUUCUCUACUCCUUAGCACCAGCAUGACUUUAUCCCAGAAAGAAGGAUAUUUUAGUUGCCUCUGGUUUCUGGAUUUGAAUAUAUUGCAUUAUAUGGCAGGUCACCUAAGGAUUAGAGUUAAUGGGUGAUAUCUGGUUCCGCCAAUCUGGUUGCUAAGAAACCAGCGGACGUACUGUAAUAUGAUAACCUGUUACCACAUGGGAGGAUUUCCUCUGGGCAUUGCUGUGGAAGGCUCUGCUUUUUGAAGAGUGUCUGUAGCUAUAAUAAUAACAUGAAGGAAAUGCUAGGUUAGUAUCAUAGUUUAUGAAAAGUAGUCUGAUUUCUACUACAAAAAGGCAGAACACUAUAAGACUACUAAACAUAAUAAGUGCACAGUAUCAUCAUGUUCUGUACUUAAAGCUUUUGGACAAAUAAAAGGCCAAACCUUGACAGGCAUUUCAGUGGCUCUUCCAUUGAAACUCUCUGUCCAUCUGCUAGACAUUCUUCAGUAAAAGGAGAGAUACUGGUGAAAUGCAGCCUCCACCUCUGGGACAGGUCCAACUCGCGCAAACCAAAGAGACUGUCUAAACAAAACAAUCUCUGCAUGAUGGGGACCAGUGGGGACAUGAACACUAUUCACAAUCCAAAGGAGAAAGACGUCAUACACAACGUUCGCAACACGGCUCUCCAGUUCCUAAGUAUCCAAGCAGCUUUCAGUUAAAUACAUAACAUCUUUUAUUUUAGCGGGAGCCGACAUGCACUUGAGUUCGAACCCGGGUUGAAAGAAGAGGAGACUAGGACCAGAGUGGCUUCCAGUUAACACGCGUGUCACACGCAAGGUAACACACAUAAAAGGAGGACAGAAAAGAAAGCAGAUCCUCAGCAGCCAGUGGCUUGUGAAGAACUAGACCCUAAGAGCUCCCGAGCCUGCCUAGGGGCUGAACCAGCAGUCGGCACUCCCACUCGGAAAGAUGGGAAAGACACUGCUGGACAUCGCGUUUGUGAAAUACCUGAGUGACCACCACCCAGCACAAAACAGUGAGCAGGCCUGAGUGGUCAGUUUUGUUUUGUGCAAAUAAUGAAUAAUUAUUCUUGACCUCGGAACAUAUUAAAAUGGCCCUGUGGUGCAGUGAGGAGCCGAAUCCCCUUUUCUGUAAUUAUCGGCCUUUGUAUGAUGACCUGCUCGUUGUUUCUGCUUCUAAGGCAGCUAGGAGGUCCUUGCUGCUUCACGCAUGUACUGACAGACACUGGCAUUUGGGAACCGAUUCUCUGCACUGUUAAAUUCCACCGAACGUUCAUUCAGGGAAAAGUUUCUUUUCACAGAAAAGGGAUAUAUUUAUAAUUGUACAUCUGCCAAUAGUCAAUGCUGAAACAAAAAAGUAUCCCUUUAAAAGUGAUAGCGAUUCUAUUAGUGCUCCGAAUGUGUGUAUUUGUUCUUUCCUCUCUUGAUACUUAACCAGCCUUGCAAAGGCCCAGGUUUCUAAGUUACUCUUUCAACUGGGUGAAUUUGUCCAUCCUAUCGUGUGUAGCCAAUAUUUGAACAACGCAAUGGUGAACAUUUAGCUUCUAUAGGGUACUGAUAUAUUUCUUAACUGUUUUUGCUCGACAUCUUAGACCAAGCAAAAUGGAAUUACAAUUGCUGACCCCCAUGCUAACACAUCUGCCUCUAUGGACCUUCAUGCCAUUCAUUACCAAUCAGACAGGCCUCCAGCUCAUCAUCCAGUGGCCCAGAGCUGUGAAAACAGGGUUGUACAAGAGACAAUGCUGUGGUCAGUUCAGUGUGCUGUGGAGGAAUCUAGGCUAAGAAAUGCUUUCAUCAGGCCACCAUUCCCGAUGCACUGAAGCAGAUGCCUGCUCAAAUAGACUGCUGCUGGGCUUGACAGCGUCACAGAGGUUUUAGAGUUGGGAGCAAAUUGUGGGAGACGAGUGUGAAGUGUAACAGAGAUGCUCUAACGCACUUAAAUUGUCUCCAGCAGCAGCUGUGACUGGGAAGGUUAAGGCACAAUUGUAUUGUAGGAGAUCUGCGUGGCAUUUAAUCCAUCAUGAAAAUAACCCACAGAUGACCUGUGGGUUUGUAUAAAACCGCCCCAGUUAGCCAUAGACACCAUUCUGUAGAAAACUGGGCCAUUUCUAUAGUAACCUUCAGGGUACUGUUAUAAGGGAUGAUCCUCGUCUUUAACAUGAAAUCUUUUGUUAGACUCGCAUGCUUGAGAGCUGCAGUUCAUCUCAUUUGUCUGUGAGUCCUUACAGCCACAAUGAAAUCGGUGUGGAAGUUACCAUAUCUCAGGAGGGUGAGAGCCGCCUGACUAACAUUUUGCAGCUGUGGGCUUGUUGCUUAUCACAGAUUGUCCAUGUAAUGUGCUGAGCACACCACACUUGGUGCUAUCUCUCAUUCAUGCUGUCCGUAUGAGAAAGAUACAAAACGGAAAAAGUCAUGUACUGCAAAAUACCUGAUUGUGAUGUGCUUGUGUGUUCUCUGCCUGCUCUUAUUUAUUGAAACUAUUAAUAAAUGCAAAAGCAGAACAAAA